CGCACGCGAGAGUCAAUGGACAGGCAUCUCGAGCCAGUGGCACAGGCAGUGAGAGCAGCGCGAGCACGUUCUGUCUGAGGUAGCCUAGUUGAAUGCCCCUGAGCACCACCCGACUUCAGUGGCACAGAUGUGUCUGGUCGUCUCUCGUCUGUAAUUCAAUGUCUGUAAUUAUCUCUCGUAGUUGAAGUGGCGCGAGGAAGAGCGGUCGUGAGCGACACACACGAACAAGGUCCGCAGCAUGUUUAAGCAUGUUUAGCCACUGUUGAAUGCAGGUGGCAGAGCGCGGUCGCUGUCCCUGGUGCUGAAUGCGCUUGCCAGUCGAUCUGCGGCAAGCGUUGCGAGACAGUAAACGUUUUUUGGUCGAGAAAAUACGCAUGGACUGACGUGAAUGCUGAACAACAACCAAGCGGUUAACAUAGCGCUGUGCAGAGUAAAUUGGAUCUCAAGUCCUCUAUUGUUUGAAGGAUGGAGAGAUUUUUCCUGUCAACCGUGCCACUGCUAAUUCUCAGCUGUCUAGGUGUCUCUCGCGUUUUAGCGGACAGCUUGACGGCUCCUGUCAAUGUGACCAUCAAGGCUCUGAAGGCCAACUCUGCCGUGGUGACAUGGGACAUCCCCGAGGGGGACCCCGUCAUCGGCUUCGCCAUCACACAGCAGAAGAAGGACGUGCGCAUGCUACGCUUCAUCCAGGAAGUGAACACCACCACCCGCUCCUGUGCAUUAUGGGACUUGGCGGAGGAGACCGACUACAUUGUGCACGUGCAGUCCAUCAGCAUGAGUGGGCCCAUGAGUCCGCACAGCGAACCCCUGCGCUUCCGCACGCCCAAGGAGGCCGAGACACAGGCCUCCAAGAGUAAAGACGAGGUGACCAUGGAGGAAGUGGGAGCUCAGCUGAGGGCGGGGGAGUUCAUCAUUAUCGUGGUGGUGCUGAUCAUGUGGGCAGGUGUGAUCGCUCUCUUCUGCCGUCAGUAUGACAUCAUCAAAGACAACGAGCCCAACAACAACAAGGACAAAGCCAAGACCUCAUCAGAGUGCAGUACUCCGGAGCACCCAACGGGGGGACUGUUGCGCAGUAAGUUCCCCAAGAACAAUAACAACAACAACCGCACGCCAUCUGUGAACAUCAUCGAGCUGUGAUGGCUAGGACCCUCUCUAAUCCAAAGGACUGAGUGUCUUCUGAACAGAGCAACCAAAAUGCCCGUUAUGCCCAUCUGCUUGUUAGGGUGAGGCUGGGACUGUGGGCACGCCCCCUUGACCGUGCCCAGCCCUUUGGCACGGGGCUUGGGUGUGAACUGGGCCCCCAGGACUCCAGGGGUCAGACCUCAAAGGAGAGGCUCUAGGUGUGAUGGCAGGACUGUGGCUGUCACUGAUCUAAUCACUGCCACAGGGCCAAGGAGAUAAGGACAAAUGGAUUCCGCUGUAAGCUGAGAAACAGACGGGAGAUAUGAACAUGGCCAGGGGACUGCAGGUAACCAGGGCCAGAGGCCAUCUCUCUAUUAGCUUCAGUGCAGGCUGCUGAGGGGUGGACAGCUCAUAAUAAUGGCUAGAACAUAGUUUUAUUAUUAUGAUCUGUCCUCCCCUCAGCAGCCUCCACUGCUCAGCUUGUUAUCAAUGAACUGAAACACACUGUUUCCCCCCUGUUCUCCAUGCUGCAACCGAGGCUGGAGCACUGAGAACCGUGUGAAAAUGAAUUCCACCUGUUGUAUCUUCUCUCUUAAACAGUAACCUUGUUUCUUUCUUUAUUUGCCUCCUAUCAAGCUCUUGCUGUAAGGCACAUACUGUCUUUGCUAUCGUUUAUCUUGUUUGACAUAUUAUACCUGUUAUUCAAACUCAAACUACAUCUCUGUAUCAAAGUCUGUCUUCUUUUUUUGUCAAUCUACUCACAAAAACGUAUUUGCAGGAUACCAACCAAUGUUAGUUAUAUAGAUCUCCUUAUGGUUAUCUAGAUCUCACUCCUGUUAUAUACAUCUCCCUAUGGUUAUAUAGAUCUCCCUGUGGCUAUCUAGAUCUCCCUAUGGUUAUAUAGACCUCCCUAUGGUUAUCUAGAUCUCCCUAUCGUUAUCUAGAUCUCCCUAUGGUUAUAUAGACCUCCCUAUGGUUAUCUAGAUCUCACUCUAGUUAUAUAGAUAUCCCUAUGGUUAUAUAGACCUCCCUAUGGUUAUAUAGAUCUUACUCUAGUUAUAUAGAUCUCCCUAUGGUUAUCUAGAUCUUACUCUAGUUAUAUAGAUCUCCCUAUGAUAAUCUAGAUCUCCCUAUGGUUAUAUAGACCUCUCUAUGGUCAUAUAGAUCUCACUUUAGUUAUAUAGAUCUCACUCUAGUUAUAUAGAUCUCCCUAUGGUUAUCUAGAUCUUACUCUAGUUAUAUAGAUCUCCCUAUAGUUAUCUAGAUCUCCCUAUGGUUAUCUAGAUCUCCCUAUGGUUAUCUAGAUCUCCCUAUGGUUAUAUACAUCUCCCUAUGGUUAUAUACAUCUCCCUAUGGCUAUCUAGAUCUCCCUAUGGUUAUCUAGAUCUACUUAUGGUUAUCUAGAUCUCCCUAUGGUUAUCUAGAUCUCCCUAUGGUUAUCUAGAUCUCCCUAUGGUUAUCUAGAUCUCCCUAUGGCUAUCUAGAUCUCCCUAUGGCUAUCUAGAUCUCCCUAUGGUAAUCUAGAUCUCCCUAUGGUUAUCUAGACCUCCCUAUGGUUAUCUAGAUCUCCCUAUGGUUAUAUAGACCUCCCUAUGGUUAUCUAGAUCUCCCUAUGGUUAUCUAGAUCUCCCUAUGAUUAUCUAGAUCUCCCUAUGGUUAUCUAGAUCUCCCUAUGGUUAUCUAGAUCUCCCAAUGGUUAUCUAGAUCUCCCUUUGGUUAUCUAGAUCUCACUCUGGUUAAACUCCCUGAAACAUCCUCUGAGAGAUGUUUUCAUUCGAUCAAGGAAUCCAGACAACACAAGGCUAAUUUGGGAGGCCUAUCUGACGCAAGGCGACGGCAAUGGCGUCAGAGCAGGAUCAAAAGAUUACUCAAGACGCUUGUGCGGCAGAAUGCUCAAUAUAUCUGGAGUAUUAAAACUCGUUAGCUCUGACAGCAGAAAUAACAAUGUAAUUGAUAAACAAAGUUGGUCUGUGCAUACACACACCAAGAAACUUCUUAUUUAUCAUUGGUCAUCUUAAAUAUUGCAUUUUCCUUGAAAGUAUUUUUUUUUACUGAUUAGUAAAUUUAUAUUUUUGAAGUGUAUCCUUUCUCUUAUCACCUACUUUUACUAGUGAGCCUUCUAGAGAGGAGAAAGCAAAUACGAUUUAGGCAAGUCUUGUUAAGUUUAUGGACUCACCUUUAAGAGGGACUUGACUCAUGUGUAUAGACUGGAUGUAUCUCUGAAGAAGGGCUAAACAGGCCUCUCCCAUGUCAGCAAUAACAUCACUGAGUGGAGCAGUGGAGCGUCUCACACACCAGCAGGCCAUGAAGCACCUGGGAGGGCCACACCUGUCCACGUACUUCCCAGCAUUCUGAGCUCGGGGGCAACAAUACUCAACAAACUUGAUGCAGGGUGAUUUUAAAAGGUGAUGAACAUUGUUAGGAGUUUUUGAGGGGUUUAGAUACGUUUUAUUUUAUGAGUAUCCUUGUUUAUGGAAGACCUUUCUAUGAAAUGCCUGCCAACUCCAACUUGCCCUGAAAGUUGCCACUAGGGUGCCCAGGCCUAAUCAAAGAUUUGAUCACGAGCUCCAUAUGUUGGUUCUAAACUUUGACCCCUUUAAUUCAGUCCCAUCUGACACCAUCACUAGUUGCCAGCUUGACAGAAGGGCUUCUACCAAAGAGGAAGAGGCGAAGCGAGAGGGUUUACUCCAUCAAAAUCUGUCUACGAUAAGCAGACUGAUAAGCAUACCGAUAAGCAGACCACCUGCCCUCCCGCCUUUGGGACAACAACUCCCAUUGUUAGGGCGGAGACUAACCUAACGUAGCAGGCGUAAAGGAAACGCUUGCCCGGAGUUCCCACAUCCGAUUUUCAGUGGAAAAUGAAGCUACGGUUGACGAUAGCGCAAUGGUUGAAUUAAUGUUGUUUCCAGGUCAUUUCAAUGAAACUAAGUUGAACCAACGUGGAAUAGACGUUGAAUUAACGUCUGUGCCCAGUGGGCCGUAUCCCUGAAAACCGGAUGCAUCUGCUAAGGGUGGGAGGAGACAAGUCCAUCUCGUCUUUAUAUACAGUAUCUCUGCUUCUACGGACUCAUCUUCUUCAGCGUGUGUGAGUCCACCCUCCCCACCCCAUGUACUGUGUAUCACAGACACAGACAGAGGUGUUGUUGACAUGCUGUAUGAAGAGACUAUAAUGUGGAGAUUCUCAAUGGGCCAAACAACCUCCGCCACAUCCCCAUGAAGGGGACAUCGCUGUGGUGAAUGAGGUUAUGUGUUUUAGGGCUGAUUAAAAAAGCACUGCCUUAAAUACCUAAAUCUUCCAUUUUCUUUGAUAGGAUGGAAUGAUAAAGGCCCAAUUUGUUCCACAUGUUUUUCCAUUUCGCCUUUUCCUGCCUCUUGUCCCAUGGGAAGGCUGCAGUAUGGUAGUCUGUCUACAACUGUUUGGACUUGGUUUAGGGGAAACAUGCUAAAAGAAAAACUAUAAUUAGAUUUCAGAGAACAUUGCUAAGGGAUGGGUGAACGUAAUGCUCAAAGAAGAGCAUGACAAAUAAAUGUGUACAUAUAAUUUCUCCGUUAUUAUUAUGUGGUUUCUAGAAAUGCUACAUAUAAAUAUUAUUUGAGAAUAUAUUAUUGUGUUUUCAGGAAAUGGUUUGGGAGUCUCAAGGGCAAUUGAAAUAUAAUUUCAUUGUAGAAAA